GGCCUCCCGGAGCUGGGCAAGAAGCCAGGCAAGGGCAGAGCCAAUCCCGCAGGUGCCACGGAGUUGGCAGGUGGGAGGGGCCCACCCAGGUGAUCUGGGAGUGAGGGGCCCAGAGGGUGGCUGCUCCUGCCCCAGCUCCGAGGACCACAGGCUGUCAGGGAAACAGACCCUCCCCUUUGAACAAGUCUGGGCCAGGAGAAAAGGGUGGAGAUGGUGGAGACAGUUUCCUGACCUCUUGCCCCCAGAGGAGGUCACCAAGUAGAGAAAGACAAUCGGUUCCCCUCCUCGCUCCUAGUUCGGCUGCCUGCAUGCAGGCACGAGCCCAGGGGACAUGGAAGGAACCUCCCUGCUCGCAGGGGCCCGCAGUCCAGCAGGGGCUGCCCAGGCGGCCAUGGGGUCACAAAGCGACCAGGCCUCACCUCUCCCUGGGUAUUCCAGCUUCUCGGUGGACCUGGGCUUGGUCCUGGCUACCACUUACCCGCCUGUGACAUGCGAGGAAAUCCCACGUGCCUUCUUCCUCCUUGGAGUUUUGGAAAACAGUGGAGACAGUGGUGGGCUGCGGCUCAGGAAGGCCGCUGUGCCGUGCCAGGCUGCGGUGGCAGAGGGCGCAGGCUCCGCCACACACUGCUGGCGCCUGCUCCCCGCGCGGGGCAUCGGAAUGUCCCGGGUAGCGGAAAAGGCUGAUGCGGGGCGGGCUGUUUUGCAGAGCUUCGGCAGCCCCAACAAGAAGCACGUGGGCGUGAUCCUGCAGCGGGGCACACUGGUCCUGCUCCUCUGUUGCUUCCCCUGCUGGGCGCUCUUCCUCAACACCCAGCACAUCCUGCUGCUCUUCAGGCAGGACCCAGAAGUGUCCAGGUUGACCCAGGACUACGUAAUGAUUUUCAUCCCAGGACUUCCAGUGAUUUUUCUUUACAAUCUGCUGGCAAAAUAUUUGCAAAAUCAGAAGAUCACGUGGCCCCAAGUCCUCAGUGGUGUGGUGGGCAACUGUGUGAACGGGAUGGGCAACUACACCCUGGUCUCUGUGCUGGGCCUGGGGAUCAGAGGCUCUGCCUAUGCCAACAUCAUCUCCCAGUUCGCACAGACCGUCUUCCUCCUUCUCUACAUCAUGCUGAAGAAGCUGCACCUGGAGACGUGGGCAGGUUGGUCCAGCCAGUGCCUGCAGGACUGGGGCCCCUUUUUCUCCCUGGCUGUCCCCAGCAUGCUCAUGAUCUGCAUUGAGUGGUGGGCCUACGAGAUCGGGAGCUUCCUCAUGGGGUCUGGGUGUCUGGGCUGCAGGCUGGGCUCACGGCGAGCCUCUCCUCCAGGCCUGCUCAGCGUGGAGGACCUCUCCGCCCAGGCUGUCAUCUAUGAGGUGGCCACCGUGACCUACAUGAUUCCCUUGGGGCUCAGCAUCGGGGUGUGUGUCCGAGUGGGGAUGGCUCUGGGGGCUGCGGACACUGUGCAGGCCAAACGCUCGGCUGUCUCAGGUGUGCUUCUCAUAGUUGGCAUCUCCCUGGUCCUGGGCACCCUCAUAGGCAUCCUGAAAAAUCAGCUGGGGCACAUUUUUACCAAUGAUGAAGAUGUCAUCGCCCUGGUGGGCCAGGUCUUGCCGGUUUAUAGCGUCUUUCACUUGUUUGAGGCCGUCUGUUGUGUCUACGGCGGAGUCCUGAGAGGAACUGGGAAGCAGGCCUUUGGUGCCGCUGUGAAUGCCAUCACGUAUUAUGUCAUCGGCCUACCACUGGGCAUCCUUCUGACCUUUGUGGUCAGAAUGAGAAUCAUGGGCCUCUGGCUGGGCAUGCUGGCCUGUGUCUCCCUGGCAACUGCUGCCUUUGUUGUGUAUACUGCGCGGCUGGACUGGAAGCUUGCUGCGGAGGAAGCUAAGAAACACUCAGGUCAGCAGCAGCAGCAAAGAGCAGAGAGCACUGCAACCAGACCUGGGCCUGAGAAAGCAGUCCUAUCUUCAGUGGCUACUGGGAGUUCCCCUGGCAUUACCCUGACAACGUAUUCAAGGUCUGAGUGCCAUGUGGACCUCUUCAGGACUCCAGAGGAGGCCCAUACCCUUUCAGAUCCUACCAGCAGACUGUCAGUGAAACAGCUGGUCAUCCGCCGUGGGGCUGCUCUGGGGGCGGCGUCAGCCACACUGCUGGUGGGGCUCGCAGUCAGAAUCCUGACCACCAAGCACUAGCAAUGAAGCUCAGAAACAGAAAGCCAGGAGUGGCCAUUCCCAGUACCCAAACACACCAUGGUCUGCCCUGCAGAAGUGCCAAUGGGGUCCAGGGCAGGUGGACACUUUGAACCACUCCUCAGAAAAAGAACUUUGGCUGAUUCCUUGCGGUGACAUUCAGAGGGGUCUGAACAGAGCAGACUGGCCAUUCUGUUCUGGUUAAACUGGAGUUUUCUUCUCUGACCUGGAUUGCUCUAUAGAAGACAUCAGCCAAAUGCAUGAAUCAGAGUCCAGGGAUUGCCACUAUUAUGAAUAAUGUAAAUGGCUUCAAGUGAGAGACUGCAGAUAAAAUAACAAAACCACUAUUACAUUAAAGAUUACACAUUUCCUAGGCACAGCCUGCUACUCAAACCUGUCAUAAAGCCUCUGUGAAGCUCGGAGAAGGGGGCCAGUGGGCCCUGUCCAGGCAACCCCUGUAGGCCCCUAGCAGACAUAGGUGCUGUGAGACCCUGACCAGGGCGGCUGACUGUCCAUACACCCUUCUUCCCCUUUUCUCCAGUUCUUUCAUUCCAUCGCCAUUUUCACUUAUUAAAGGCUUUGAGAAAUG